AACAGACAAGUCAUCGUGUGGACAUGUUUUGUAUUUUAGGGAGAAAGCCAUUAUUUCGAUCAUCAAACUUCAGUUCUCUACACACAAUCAGAUGGAUAAAGCAUUUUAGUGCAGUGAAUGUUAACCAGGAAGUAUUACCUAGGACUAAGUCUGUUCUGCGGCCGGCAAGUUGGCAGUACCGUUGUAUGACUGAUCAAUCAAGCGACUGGAAAACUGUGUAUGAAGGUCCAAUCUCAAGAUCAGUCAAACUUGUAAAGUUGCUUUCCCUGACUACAGCAGCGGCGACUUUAGUUUGUUCUCCAUUGUUGGUGCUUUUUGGAAAUCAAGCAACUUCGGCCUCAGUGAAGACGAUCGCAGUGUUUUUAUUAUGUACGAUUGGUACAGGUUCAACUGCAUUACUUCAUUUUGUAACCAAAUCCUAUGUGCUCAAGAUGGACUUCAAUCCAAAGGAAAUGAUGUUCGCUGUUGAGACGUUAUCUUUACUUGCGUUGCGAAAAAGAGUGGAAUUUCCUGCUGAUGACACUUUUGUAUACCCAGACGAUAGAGCUUUUUCUACCUUUGAAGCUCAUGGACGAAAGUAUUUUAUACACAAGGAGCUUGUAGAAGCUCAACAAGUGUUGCACUUUAUUGAAAAGUGGCAGAAAGAAGAAGCCACAGAGUUUAAAAAAUCCUCGUAAAAUAUACAGUUAUUAUGUUUUUGUUAUAUUCAAUCGAAGUAGUAUGUCUUCCUCGAAUUUCAGUUUUGAAUGAUUGUCUUUAUAUCUGCGAUUUUUCUUAGUCUUAACCAGACUACAACUAUGGACAAAUGCGGGCUAUAUUGAUCUACAACAUACAAUACCUUCAGUUGAUAAAACCAAAUUAUAACGUACCUUUGUCAGGGAACUAGAGUUUUUUCUCUUAGAUGCGUGGAUCAUGUGUACUUUGAGUAGCCUUGACAAAGCUUCAGUUUACAUUCAUUGCUCAACAGUCAGUCGAUCAUGAUAUACGAGUCAACAGUCCCACUCAGUACCACCUGAUUCAAAUAAUGUUAACAAUGGCAUAGACUCACAGGCUACCAGUAGUAUACAAGUUCUGUGCUCCUGGAAUCCAGUCAUUUUGAUACAAAGUCGUUUUGGUACAAGUCGUUUCGAUACAAGUCGAAGUUGAUUUGUUACACAUGUAAAGUCAAUUUGAUACAAACUGACGUUAUUUCAAACUGACGUUACUGUUUAAUACAGAAUACUAUACUAUAUAUAAAUGACCAAACAAACCCUCAAAGAAAUACUCACCAUAAGCAACUAGAGGGAUUUAGCAAGAGGAAGGGAAUGUCAUUUCAGAACAGGAAAAAGUGUGUGUAUCUAUAACUAUCCUCUGUUUGCACUUGUUGCAUAACUCUCAAAGAAGAUGAUUUCCUUGUCCUUAAAGUGGUCUAUAAGACCAAAAAUUCAAAGGUGAUGGUGAUCUUAAAAGAUCCAAGGUUAGGGAAUUCAAGAACAAAUAUAAUGUUAACAGUUCAUUGCAACAACUGCUAAGUCACUUCUGAGACACAAUAGGGUGACAUUCUGGACCCAGUUUCUCAAUGGCAUUUCUUCUACAUGCGCCGUUGUCAACUAACAUUCUCAUCCUCUUGCUAAACCACUCUACUAGAGUGAACACAAACCUCCGUUGUAAAUAAAACAAACCCGUACCUCCAGGAAACUCUACAUGUACCAAAGCCUCCUACACAAUGAGAACACGCAAACGAGAUCAAGUUUUGGUUAAGUUUAAUUGUCAAGAACAGAGAUUUAUUUAUUUAUUUGUUGAAUAGAAAACAAUAAAUCACCACACAUAUCAAAGACAAAAACUAACACACACAUACUGAACUUUUCUCAAGUUUACUUCUGUAUUGAAAGGACUUCAGUCUGUAUCAAAUCGACUUUACAUGUGUAACAAAUCGACCUCGACUUGUAUCAAAAUGACUUGAAUCAAACAACUUUGUAUCAAAACAACUGUGAACCAUGCUCCUUACAUGUCGUUUCUCCUUGUCAGUGUAUUUUCCAUCACUAGACUAUUGACCAUCUAUCAGCUUAAAAAUCAACCAAUCUUUCAACUGAGUUUUCUCAUCAACACAUCGUCUCUUUGCUUAACUCUUUUCUUCUCAUCAUACAACAGAUGUUGAGCAUAUCUGCUGUAAAGUUAGCACAAUCACACUAUAAUCCUUUUUCAAUAUUCAUUUACUCUCCUACUUGUGCCCCCCUUUAGAUCUAUAUUUUUUAAGGAAGCAGUUUACAUCCAAGUCUUGAAAGUAACCUGGAAUCACAUCGCUUUUCCUUCCUUAGACUCUGUAUUUAAUCAAGAAAAAUCACAUGCACCACCAACCUAUUUAGGGAAGAAGAUGCAUGCCUGAAAAAAAUCAUAAUGAUCACUACAUUAUCCAAUGCAUGGCUUUUCA